AUGGUUACAGGAGAAGCUAAAAAGAAAUUAUAUGAUUCUGCAACAAAGGGAGAUGUCGCAACUUUCCAAAUACUUGUGCAACAAGAUCCAUUUCUUGUUGAUCAAGUUUCGUUUGCUCGUGCAAGAAGUCUCCUUCAUAUUGCAGCUGCAAGUGGGUACGUUGAGAUUGUUAAAAGAGUGUUAUACGUAGCCCCUGAUGAGAUGUGCUGGUGGGUUGAUGAUCAAGGCAUGAACCCGGUUCAUAUUGCAGCCAUGAAAGGGCAUGUUCAGGUUUUGGAGGAGCUGCUUCAGCAUGGCUUGUCUCCUGCAAUGGAGAGACUGCAUCGUGGCCAGACUGUGUUGCACUUGUGCGUGAAACAUCGUCAGCUUCGGACUCUGCGGUUAUUGUUGGAGAAAAUGGGCGAUCUUGUGCGAGCAAAGGAUGAUGAUGGGGAGACACUUUUGCAUUUGGCUGUUAGGUACAAUCAAAUUGAGAUGGUACGGUAUUUGGUGGAAAGCAAUAAAGUAGAGAAGCUAACAGAAAAUUGCAUGGGCAAAACAGCGCUGGAUAUCUUGAGAGAGAGAGAGAGCUCCCAACACACAACUACAUUCUCAGAAACUGAAGGACUCUUACUCCGUUUGUCCGAUCAGCCAUUUCUCCACGUGUUCCGCGAGAUAACCGGCACGACAAUGGUAGUGGUGGCCCUCAUAGCCGCGAUGGCAUUUCAGGCGGCCGUUAACCCCCCAGGCGGCGUGUGGCAGGACGACACGUCAUCUCACAUAGCCGGAAAAGCAAUGCUGGCAUCUUCUCAUCCCAAACUAUACCAACUCUUCUCUCGUGCUAACACCACCGCUUUCGUUUCAUCUCUCCUCGUAAUCUUACUCGUCGCCUUCCGAACGCGUCUCUUUUCGUGAUGGUCAUAUGGUAUACAACGUUGGUGUCAAUGGCAUCUAUUGGAGUGAGUUACAGAGCUUCCUCAAUCAUGACCAACCCAAUAGAAACACAAACACCUGGUCAAAUUGUUGCUAUGGUAGUCUCUGUGUUCGUGGGCAUCAUCGUGCUCGUAGCCGUCUACAUUUAUAUAAUGUUGUUGUACUCUACGUGGAAGAGACUGAAGCAGCAGCAUGAAGAUGUUACAAUCGCUGAUCGAAUCUUUCGCUUGUUUUAUCAGUUUCAACGGAUUAUUGAAAGGAUUGUAG